GAAUAAAAUUUAUAUCGAUUAGAUUAUAAUAGGGGCCUAGAUAAUCGAUCGAACAGAUAGUAAUUAUUUUAUUAAAUUGAUACGUUUAUUGUUUCAUUUAUAGUGUAGCGAAAUGCUGACGCGUACAGUAUGGAAUUUGUGAAACUUUUGUUUGUUUGUUUAGUGUUAUACCAAGUUGAUUGUACAAGUAUUUUGUGUGAAGAGGGAUUUUGCAGAGCUCAGAGGUUCAAAGAAGGGUGUUCGACACCGGCGCACGAAUGCCGGAUAAACAACGCGACGCAUACGGGCUUAUGGAUGCCCUCACCUACAAUAUGCAACUGUUGUGAAUACUGCUUGCCUUUUUAUGGCAAAGAGUCGCACUGCAGCGCAGGCGGUCCAGGCACGGGGGUCACUGUUGGCAGAUGCGGCCACGGACUGACAUGUGACCCGCAGGAACUUACCUGUGUAAGAAUGAGUUCAAAAUGUCAUACCGCACAAGACGAGUACGACGCGAGGCACUUGCGAGGAGAGACGGGUGCGUUGGAGCAGCGCCCUCUUUGCGACGGCAAGGGAAACUACGCCGCCUUUCAUUGCGUACCUGCUCAUACCUGUUUCUGUCAAUCUGAAGAUGGUGAGAGAAUUUUCGGAGAAAGACUCAAUUUGGGUGCAACUACCAUGCAAAAUAUGCAUUGCGGUUGUUCCCGUUUAAAUUACAAAAUAAAGAAGUCAAUAUCGCCUGGAGUACGGUUCCCAGUUAUUGGUCCGAGAUGCACCGCCGAUGGUAACUUCCAUCCAGUUCAGUGCAUCGGCAGGACUUGCUACUGCGUAAACAGAAUCACUGGAAAAAUACGUGAUGAAAAAUCUAUCAAUUUGGACAAAGAGCCAAUAUCGAAAUUAUCUUGUUACAAUGCCGAAUUGGAUCUGUUCCCAAAUCAAAGUGAGGGCAAACCACCGUAUAAUUACACAACUCCUUGCUACGAAAUCAUGCAAGCGAAAAUAGAUAUCAUCAUCCAGGCUGAAGAAAAUGGCUUUAUUACUGAUUUCUUCACAACUGUAUCUGAAUGUAUGCCAGAUGGGACUCACGGAAGAGUCUUGAACACUAGGAAUGGAACAAGAAUAUGUGUAGACGACCGUGGACAAAAGAUAGAAGGUUACGAGGUUGAACCAUAUACAGAGAACUACAUAAAUAUGGAUUGCAAAUGUGCGAAAACGUCUUUUCUUAUGACACAAUCAAACGAAAAGCCUGUCUGUUGCAAGAACGGCAACUUCAGGAAGAUACAAUGCCGCCGGGGACAAUGCCGCUGCGUUGACUCUGAUGGUAGGCAGAUUGGCACAGAAUCAGCUGAUGUUAACACUUUAAGUUGUUAUACUAGCGAUUGGAAGCGAUGUUAACAAGCUAACACUUUUGUAUUUACACUAAAUAAAUUAUUUUUCUGUA